AUGAUUUUGAAUUUGAAACCAAAUUCAAAUUGGCCGACUCAGCAGAGAAUCCCAACUCUUUUUGAAUCGAUCCAAAUUCUCAGCAAAGAAUCCCAAACUUUUUUAAAUUCUGGAGACAAACUCCAGAAUCUAAAUUCUCCGACAGGCUCAAUAGACGUUCAACAACAAUGGCAGACAACGGGACCAAGAGCUUUUCGUUCCCUCAUCACUGGCGAUGGAGGUGCUCGGAGAUCCGACGACCAACUGACUGGAGGUGGUAGUAGUUGCAGACGACAGAGUGGUGGGAAACUCGACGUAUUUGUUUGGGUUGGCCGUGUAACUCAAGUGGAGAAGAGGAAAAGUGUCAUUCGCGCAGCCGAGGAUUUUGUGGCUCGCCAAGGUAGAUCACAUUGCCGUUCAACUUUCUUGAUUUUGUCCGGCCAAGUUGAAAAUCAUGACAAGGAACAACGCUCCAGUAAAGCAUGGGAAAGCAGCAAGCUGCAGGUUAGAAAAGCAUGGGCAAGCAGGAAGCUGCAGGUUAGAAAAGCAUGGGCAAGCAGCAAGCUGCAGCUAAUCAAGCAAAUAUUGACCAUAUAA